GGAGUUUGAAUAAACGUCCGUCAGUAGUACUGUGAUCGUUAAUACAACAAAAAUAAAGAUUGCACUUAUCAAAUGUUGACAACAGAAAAUAGUAAACAAAGGUAAAAAAAAAUGAGUGGCGAGUGCAAUUUUGAAGAUUGGAAGAUUUCUUUAGGAAUGCGUAAUAAUUUGAUGUACGCGGACAUUCCUUACAUUCCUAUAUUGGUGGAAGAUAUUCCUAUAUAUGUUUCCUUCAAGGAUUACCAAGAGAAUGGUGUCAAAACAAUACAAACUUUGGGAGAACUUGUUCCACAGAGUGAAACACGAGCCGCACUUGUGUCCUUAACACCAGGAAACAAUUCAAAGAUUUCUGUUUGUUUGAAGAAUUUAAGUUUCACAGAUAUAUAUAUUAAGGAUACAAAUGAUGUAUAUUGUGCUGUAUGGGAUAAGCAUAUUGCCUUUAAGGUAUACGGUGUAUUGAAUUCUGAAGAAUCAACACACGUGUUAAAAGUAAAACAUCUGGUACCCAUACAUGACGUUGUUGGUACACAGAAAAUAAUGACUUUUUUCAUUCGAAUGGCACGUUCAGAAUAUAGACAGUAUUAUCGCACGCAAGGACAAAACACUAUGUUACAAUUACAAUGGGAUAAAAUGAAUGAACAAAGAGAACGCAUGGUAAAUGAGGAUGAAUGAGAAAAUAAACUAUAUAAUACAAGCUGUGAAAGUAUUAGUAUAUGUUACAUUGUGUAUAUAAUUAAAAUAACAAAAUCAACUUUUUCUACCUAUAUUUUAAUAUAUGAUGAUUAUUAUAAAACUAUUUAAUAUACUGAUCAUUAUUAUUUCACUGAACUCUUUUGUUGCAUUUUGCAGUAAAAUGUCCUAAUUGUUUGCAAUUGGCGCAAUAAGUAUUUUUAGCUGGGCAAUAUUGUCUGGAAUAUGGAUGAGAUAAACCACAGAAGAUGCAAUUUGAUAUUUCUCUAUGCCGACACUUCCAAAAAAAAUGGUUUUGUUUUUGACAUUUAGUACAAGUUUCAUUGAAAGCAGGACAAUAUUUCUUGGAGUGACAACUUCCACAAUAAGGACAGUCAAAAAUAAAACGUGUUGGGCACCUUCGAUUGAAAUGGCCCCAUUCUUUGCAGUGCAUACAUUGUUUAUUAUUUGCUGGACAUGAGUGUGCAUUAUGGUCAUUACCACAUUUUUUACAAUUUACUAUCUCAUUAUAGAAAUACGUUUUCCAGAUAAAUGCAGUUUCCUUUAACGUUAAUUUUUUAUAAUCAACUGAAAACUGAAAUGCAGGUAUAAAAAUUCUGGCAGCCUUGGUAAAUUCAGAUUCAUCAAUUUCUGUUAAUAUUUUCCGUUUAAUUAUUUC